AUGGCUGAAGUGCACGGCAAUUGCGACCCCAUAUUUAACUCGGUUCGUGAGCUUCUACAGCAGCGGAUCGCUAGCGGAGACGAAACUGGCGCGUCCCUUUGUAUCAAUAUCGACGGAAAGAACGUCCUGGAUUUGUGGGGUGGCCACGCCGACGAAGCCCGUACUCGGCCCUGGGGGAAGGAUACUAUCUCAGUGAUCUGGUCCUCUUCCAAGGUCGUGACCAACCUGGCUGCCAACAUCCUCAUCGAUCGCGGGCUGCUCGACGCCGAUGAGAAAGUAGCCACCUACUGGCCGGAGUUCGCAGCCAACGGCAAAGAGAAUGUCAAGGUCUCCCAUAUCCUGAGCCAUACUGCCGGUGUGCCCUCCUGGCCACUUGGAAUGACAUUGGAGGAGAUCUUUGAUGUAGAGGGGGCAACGACAAAACUUGCGGAAAUGGCUCCCCUGUGGACACCGGGUGAACUGAGCGGGUACCAUAUGGUUUCUCAAGGCCACCUGGUCGGCGAGAUUGUGCGACGCGUCAGCGGCAAAUCCUUGAAUCAAUUCAUCAUCGACGAGAUAGCUGGCCCCUUAGGUGCAGACUAUCGUCUGGGCUUGCCAGAGGAACUGCAGCCCCGCGCGGCGGAUAUCGUCCCCUUUACCCGUGGUCCACUCCCGGCUAUUGAUCCUACGAGUAUUGCGGCAAAGACAUAUGCAGGGACUCCCAUGACUCCCACGGCACCCAACAGCCCAGGUUUCAGAAAUAGCGAGCUUGGAGGCGUCGGCGGCUUCUCAAAUGCUCGCGCGUUGGCUCGUAUCGGCUCGAUAGUGUCUCUCAAUGGUACCGUCGAUGGAAAGCAAUACCUUUCUCCCAAGACCAUUGAUAACAUGCUCCAAGAGCAAGUUGCCGGGACUGAUGCGGUCUUGUUCCUGUAUGUACGCUUUUGUCUUGGUUUUGCUCUACCUUCGCCGCAGAGUUUGCCUUGGAUCCCCGAGGGCCGUAUCUGCUUUUGGGGUGGUUGGGGUGGAUCCUUCUUUUUGAUGGAUCUGGAUCGCCGGAUGACUAUCGCGUAUGUGAUGAAUAAGAUGCAUCAAGUUAUCAUGGGCAAUGAGAAAACCACCCACGAAUAUGUCAAGGAGAUAUACAAGGUGAUUGAUCAAUCGAAAUAG